GUCAUCGUGGAAUGUAGAAUACAAAGACAAUAACAGAGGAAAUUGAUACAGUGGGAGAACGACAAAGCCGAAAAAACACGCUUUCAAAUACCUGGAAAGGGGGAGGUACCUGGUCUGUCAGCAGAGAGAGAGAGAGAGAGAGAGAGAGAGAUGACUGAGAGGGUGUGUUUCUGUGUGGGUGAGAGACAGAGAGAAGGAGGAGGGGUGUAGACACCGAGAGACAGCGAGAGAGAGAGAACACUAGCAGUCUCUCAGAUCUUAGCUGUGGUGAGGACACCCAGGAGAAGUGCAUUCCUGAGGCAGCAAGCGAGGAGAAGGCGGCAAGAUAGAGCGGAGAAGUCGCGACAUCCUUUAAAUCUCUCCGUGACCACGUCUGACUGCCUCUGACCUCCGGACUCUGGACUCGCACACUCCUCACACACACACACACACACGCUCGCUCACUCACUCGCUGCCUCGCACAACAGCCGAACAACCGGCUCUGCUGCUCUUCUCACAAGUAAAGGAUUUCCCCCCCGGACUGAGGAAAAAACAGAAACAGAUAGAGGAGAAGAUCCUCUCACUUGAGUCAGUGCCAUGCAGUGUUGAGUGGAGUUAAGCCAAUCUGAAGUGAUCUGUUUUGAAGACCAUCUUACCCUUCACCCCGUCCCGCCUCGUCCCAAAUGGAGCUCAAAGUGUGGGUGGACGGAGUGGUGCGGGUCGUGUGCGGCCUGUCUGAGGAGACGUCCUGCCAGGAUGUAGUCAUCGCUCUGGCCCAGGCCAUUGGUCAGACGGGCCGUUAUGUUCUGAUCCAGCGUCUUAGGGAUACAGAGAGGCAGCUGUUGGCCACAGAGAAGCCUCUGGAGUCUCUGGCUAAGUUAGGCCAACAUGGCAGUGAGGUUCAGUUCUUCCUGAGACGUACCGGCCCAAGCAGCAGUGACGGACCCAGCUCAAAACAGGACAGACCAACUCCACCCCCGCUGCCCAAGCAUCCUGAGCCAGAACCUUCGAAACGCAACCAGCCUAAGAAAGCACUCACCUUUAACCUGGGACCAUCCACGUCUCCUAACACCAAAGCCAAACAGUUUAAGAGGUCUCCUCGGGACUCUCCAGAGCAAAGAGCCUCUCCUUCCCCUUCCCCCAGCCUGGUAUCCCAUCAUGUGCCAUCCCCAUCUCCAUCACCACCUAUAGGUCCAUCUAAAGAGGAGGUCUUUAGGAAGGUUCUUCAGCAACAGGAGAGACUGAGGGCCAUGGAGGCCCAACUAGAAGCCUUAGAGAGGGAGUCACAUACCUGGGAGCGUCCAUACCCAUCUCCAUGUCCUUCACCAGUUUCUGACGCUCACUUGCAAGAAGAGUUGGACGCUCUGGAGAUAGCGAUGCGGAGGAACCAGGCCGAGCUGGCCCACGAGCAGUACUGGGAGGAGGAGCUUCAGGCGGAGGUGGAGAGGGAGCGAGGAAUGAGGAGGAAGCUGGGGGAGCUCCACGCCAAGCUAGAUGACUGCGGGCGGCGGCUCCACGAGUUCUCUAUUCGCUCUGCUCAGCUGGAGCAAGAGAUCCAGCGGGAAAGCCAGACGGAAGGCAAAACUAACGGACCAGAGGAAUCCCUCGAUGCUGUGAAGGCAGAGCUCCAGAGCCGGGAGAAUCACGGGACAGAACUGGACGAGCAGCUAUCUGAGACUGACAAGGCUCUGGGGAAGGCAGAGUCUCUGAUGCAGGCCAAACAGGAGGAGCUGGAGGAGUUGAAUAAGGAGCUGAGGCAGUGUAACCUGCAGCAGUUUAUUCAACAGACAGGUGUCCUGCCAGCGCACACCCACUCACGCACAGAGCUUCAGGAGCAGCUGGAGCAGUUAGAACUGGUACAUCUUCUGCAGGAUGGAUACAAGAAUGGAGGCCACAAUGUAACUCAAAUGGAAUCACCGCCUCGCCCCACUGCCAAACAGUUCCUGGGACAUCCACGCAACCUGCAAAACCCUCUAGUGUCCAGUCUCAACCCUGAGGUCCUCACAUCCCGAGAGUCGUCAUGGAGAUAAAACAUGGACCGCAGGGCCAAAGGAAAGUUGUUCACUGUUCUUUGACCGUCACCUCUUAUUUAACCCCUUUAUUUGUAACUCAUUAUUUAAUCAACCAUGAUAUACAUACUGUAUAUACAUAAGACAAAUAUAUUUACAGAGUUUUGCUACUGUAAACACUGCAACGUAUCUGUAUGAAAUGUAAAAUAAUUUAGAAACCUUUUACCUAGAGCAAUUAUUACUAUGACUGUGUAUUUAAAUAUAAUAAAAAUGUGCAUUGUGUUUUAGAUAA